GGAUCUGUAUUGUCAUUAUGCCACGCUGUCUCAUGGCGAAAAAGUGGAAGUGGAAUCAGUGGCAGGCGCGCGUGGACGAUCAGCAGAACGAGCAGAAGGACGCGACGCCACUCGGGGCCGUUCUGCAGGAACAACAACAGGCGCAGCAUCAUCAACAUCACGCUCUACAUCAGACCGCGGAUGCGAUGGAGAAGCGCAGGCAUGAACCCGAGGACGAGGAGAUCGACGUGGUCGGAGACGUCGAUAAUCACCACCAGGUCGAUCAUCAGCAGACCUGUUGGGGACCGCACAGUCCCACGGCGGGGGCCACGGCCCCCAGUCCGCCACCCCUCAAUGCCUCCGGCGCCCUUUACUAUCAUGGGUCGAUAAAGAUCAGAGGCGAUAAACCGACAGGAAUGUGCGGAAUGUUCAUUCAAGGCUACACGCACGAGGCAUGGAUCAAUCACGAGGAGCCGCCCAAGUACGCGACGCUACGCUCCGCGGCGGAGCUAGCGCGUCCGAUAGCACCGUCGCCGCCGCCUCCGGUCGCGCAGCAAGAGCUACCGGUUCCAGUGCUGACCGGGCCGGGUCUGCACCAAGCGUCGCCGCAUCAGGCGACGGUCAUCGCCACGAGCCCGUCAUCAUCGUCGUCCUCGUCCUCGUCAUCGUCCACCGCAGCGUCGCUAUGCCUGCCGCCGCGAAAGAGCCUCUCGAUGUCCUUCACCAGCACCGGCACGGCGCUCUCCUUACCGCCGAAGAAGAAGGACAUCUACCGUCCUUACAGUCUGCAACCGAUCUCGGAGAUACGCACGUCCGCCGAGGAGGACCUGUCCGCCGCGCAAGCCAUUCUGGAUCUUAGCGCGUCGCCUGCCGCACCCACGCAUUCCGUUUUUAUUCAUACCCUGUCGCCACCGCCGCCGCCACCGCCACCACCACCUCCGCCCGCCGCCGCCGCUGUUGCUGCAACGCCGAACGUGCCCGCAUCGCAACAGCAGCAGCAAGAACAACAGCAACAGCUACAACCAGCGCCGACAACGGGUAUACAAUCCAUACCGGUCUCCGUGCUCGUGCCGGUGCCUAGCUCGCAGACCAAUCAGCUACGCCAACAGGAGCAAACGCCACCGCAGCCGCAGUCGCCUGCAACCGCGGAAGCCACCGGCGGAAACUGCAACGUCGGCAGGGAUAGCAACAUCACCGGCAGCAAGACUGUUGCCUACACAUACGAGGCCUUCUUCGUGUCCGAUGGUCGAUCGAAACGACGCGGUGGAGGCGCGGGCGGCGGCGGCGGUGGCGGCGGCGGCGGCAACGGUGCUGCUAUACCUGACAAAGAGGCAGCCCAGCCGGACAGGCCCAAGUUCACGUGCACCGAGUGCGGCAAGCAGUACGCCACGUCGUCGAACCUGUCGCGGCACAAGCAGACGCACCGCAGCCUCGACUCCCAAUCGGCCAAGAAGUGCAUCCACUGCGGCAAGGCGUACGUCAGCAUGCCCGCCCUGGCGAUGCACGUGCUCACGCACAAGCUCGCCCACAGCUGCGGCGUCUGCGGCAAGAUGUUCUCACGACCUUGGCUGCUGCAGGGUCAUCUGCGCAGCCACACCGGCGAGAAGCCGUACGGAUGCGCCCACUGCGGCAAGGCGUUCGCCGAUCGCUCAAAUCUACGGGCGCACAUGCAGACGCACUCGGCCGACAAGAAUUACGAGUGCUCGAGAUGCCACAAGACCUUCGCCCUCAAGUCCUAUCUGAACAAACACUUGGAGUCGGCGUGCCUGCGCGACGAGGAGAUGCAGCAGCAACAGCAGCAGCCGCAGCAUGCCAAUAACAACGCCACGCAGCAGCAACAGAACACCAAUCGAGGCUUGUAGCAGCGCUUCGAGAACGAGAACAACGACGCCACGAGGAGCGAGGAUUUGAGAGAGAGCUAGCGGUGCCUCAUAAUCGCUGCUUGAUCGCGAAGAAGCGCGAGGGUACGAAAAACGGAGGAGAGGAUAUAAGGUUUGCCGUAGAUUUUAAGUAGAAAAGUGCCAGUAGAGACAGAAAAGAGAGUUAAAGAGGGAGAGAGCGCGAGAACGAGCGAAAGAGAGAAAGAAAGAAAAAGAGAGAAAGUGAGAGUG